AUGGAGUCAGACUUGGACAAUAAAAGGCAGCAGCAACAACAUGGCAAUAAACUCCUGGGACAUAUUAACAGGAUGCGUGUGUCCUCCGAGCUCAUCGACAUUGUGCUGGUGGCAGAGGGGCACAGAUAUCCAUGCCAUCGGGUUGUGUUGGCUUCUUUUAGUCCCUAUUUUAGGGCAAUGUUCACCUGCGGCUUGAUGGAAUGUAACCAGACUGAGGUCACCCUUCAUGAUGUCACUGCUGGCAGUGUAUCAAUUAUCUUAGAAUACAUGUAUACCUCCCAACUCUACAUAAACAAUCUUACUGUCCAAGGGGUGGCCACUGCCGCCUACUUCAUGCAGAUGGAUGACAUUUUCCGGAUGUGUCAGAAUUACAUGAUGGACCACAUGGAUGCCUCAAACUGCAUUGGGAUUUAUUACUUUGCUAAGCAGAUCAGUGCAGAUGACUUAGAGGUAAGGUCCAAGAAAUAUUUAUAUCAGCACUUCGCUGAAGUAGGCCUACAUGAUGAGAUACUAGAUGUUGACUUUGAUCAGCUGAUGACAAUGAUCGUGUCCGAUGAUCUCAACGUUUCACGGGAGGAAAGCAUCUUGGAUCUCGUUCUGCGAUGGGUAAACCAUGACAAAAACCUACGAACUGAGCACCUUAUAGAUCUCUUGAAACAAGUUCGAUUACUAUUAGUCAACCCGUCUUUUCUCCGUGAAGCCAGAAAAAGGAACACUGUGCUUUUAUGCAAUGCUCAGUGCUACGAGAUGGUUGAACAAGCCUUAGAUACCAUAGAAAAAUCCAGCCAGGUUUCUCUGAGCCUUCGCUAUGGAAUGGAGACCACAAACCUUCUCCUUUGUCUGGGGAAUAAUGCCUCGGGUAUCAGGUCAAAAUAUGGAAAUUAUGGGGAUUCCAGCUUCUGUUUUGCUCCAACGACAGGAAAGAUCUGUUAUAUUCCCUCACCGAAACAAGGAGAAGUUUUGGGCUUGGUCUCAGCUGGUGUAGUCAUGGAAAACAAUGAAAUAAUUUUGGCUGGGGAAGCGACAGCUAUUAGACUGGCUAGACAAAAGGAAAGACGUGUUGAGUUCUGCAGGUAUCACAACCGAGGCAGCUACUGCUGGGAGAAGCUGUGCAGCGCAGAGUACAGAGAGUUGUAUGCCCUCGGCAGCGUUCACAGUGACCUCUACCUGAUCGGAGGACAAAUGAAGCACAAAAACCGAUACAUCGUCACCAACUGCGUGGACAAGUACUUGACAGAGAACGAAAGCUGGAGAAGUGUGUCACCACUGCCGCUUCCAUUGGCUUGCCAUGCCGGGGUGACCCUCAAUAACAAGCUCUAUGUCAUGGGUGGUUGGACUCCACAGAUCGACAACCCCUGCGAUGAGCCCGAUCGAUUGAGCAAUCGGCUGCUGCAGUAUGACCCCAUCAGGGACAAGUGGACGCAGCUGGCUCCCAUGAAGUAUUCGAAAUAUCGCUUCAGUGUGGCAGUUAUGAAUGGAGAAAUAUUUGUAUUAGGUGGCAUCGGUUGUGAUGGUCCAGACAAAGGACAGGCCCGUAAAUGUCUUGACGCAGUGGAAAUUUACAAUGUAGAUGCGGAUUUCUGGAGAGAUGGUCCCCCGAUGCCCUAUCCUCUGCUCUCCCUUAGAAGCAAUUCAAGCAGUGCAGGUUCAGUGGAAGGAAAGCUGUAUGUUUGUGGUGGUUACCGUGGGGCAGGUAGGUGUCAACAGUUAUCAUCAGGCCAU